AUGGACAGGACAUCGUUCUCAAGCUGCAACAAAGGAAAGCCGAUUAGAUGCAAAGCAGCAAUAUGUAGAAAAGCAGGAGAAGCAUUGGUGAUAGAAGAGAUCCAAGUUGAUCCACCUCAACCUUACGAAGUUCGUAUUAAAAUCAUAUGUACAUCUCUAUGUCACACGGAUAUCAAUUACUGGAAAUUAAACAAUGAUCCUCGUGCAAAGUUUCCUAAGAUUCUAGGACACGAAGCAGUCGGUGUGGUUGAGAGCAUAGGAGAACAUGUAGACGGGUUCAAGCAAGGCGACAUUGUUUUGCCAGUGUUUUACCCUAACUGCGAGGAAUGUAAAGAUUGUAAAUCCCCAAAGAGCAACUGGUGCUCGAGAUUUUGCGACGAUUUCUUGUCAAACACGAGAAGAUAUGGAACAAACUCUAGAUUCAAAGACUCCUCCGGUGAAGUUAUCCACCACCAUAUCUACGUAUCUAGUUUCUCUGAAUAUACCGUUGUAGAUAUCGCCCAUCUCGUCAAAAUCUCACCUGAGAUCCCCGUACACAAAGCGGCUUUGCUCAGCUGUUGCGUAUCCACAGGAGUUGGAGCGGCUUGGAAAGUGGCUGGUGUGGAGGAGGGUUCCACCGUUGCCAUUUUUGGCCUUGGUGCUGUUGGACUUGCGGUUGCAGAGGGAGCCAGGCUGUUUGGGGCCGGAAAGAUCAUCGGUGUGGAUCUCAAUCCUGACAAGUUUGAAAUAGGUAAAAGAUUCGGCAUCACGGACUUCGUCAACACGGCUUCAUGUGGCGAGAAGACAAUUAGCCAAGUGAUCACAGAAAUGACAGGAGGAGGAGUUGAUUACAGUUUUGAAUGCGUUGGUUUAGCUUCGUUGAUGGAGGAGGCUUUUAAUAGCACCCGCACGGGAUCGGGGAAGACGGUAAUAUUGGGGAUGGAGAAGAACGCUUCGCCGAUAAGCUUAAGUAGUCGCGCUAUUAUGAGAGGUAGAAGUAUCCACGGAAGUUUGUUUGGUGGUCUAAAACCCAAACUUGAUAUCCCCAUUUUGGUCGAUCGUUAUUUAAAAAAGGAGCUUAAUCUGGACGGUCUUAUUACACACGAGCUGAGCUUUGCGGAAAUUAACAAGGCUUUCGAUUUACUGGUGGAAGGGAAUUGUAUACGCUACACUAUAUGGAUGGAUAAAUAAUUAUUUUCUGUGAGAAUCUGUUAAUCCAUCCAUGUUCCUGAAUAUGCCUGGGAAAAAAAACAAAUAUGUUUCUAUUGCAAUAUCACAAAUUUAUCAUAUGUAAUUUUCCUUUGUUGGAUAUUGUUUUCGUAUGUGAUUUUCUCUUUAUUGCGCGCGCUCAAACGA